CCAUCGGGUCGGGUCACAAAAACCCGAGUCCAUUCACUUGUGGGUCCUUCGUUCUUCUCUAUCUGCCGCAUCAUCACCGCCAUUGAAACACACACAAAGCUUCUCGCUUCACAGCAAAUCGCACCACCACUACUCCACCACAACCAUGGGCGGUGGAAGCCGAAGAGGAGGAUCAUCAUCAUCUGGAAGAGGAAGAGUGAAAGCAAAAUCCAAAAGCAGCGGAGGAAACAGCAGCAGUGGCAACCCUAAAACUCGCAGAAGAGGUUCACAGGGUAAAGCUGGAGGACUCUUCAUCGAAGGGGGUUUCCUAUCUGAUUGGCGUCCUUCUUCGCCAAAUCGCAAUUCAGGUAGAAAUGGUAGCUCCAGGAGUCUGCAUAGAGCAGAAGCCUCUGCUUCUAAAAGUGAGUUUGCAAAAUCUUCAGGAGCUACUGUUGGAUACAGCUAUCCUUCAUCUGAUUUUCAGGGCGUCUCAUCUGUCGGGACUGGGAACAACAGUGAAGAUAGUUAUUUAAAUCAGCUGCGAUAUCCUUUUAUUUUCGUGGAUUCCAAGCAGAAUCAAGUUAAUGCUCAUAUGGAGCAAACACCUCCUUCGAAGCCCAACAGUGUGAAAUAUACUUAUAGCUAUGGUGCAGAUUUUGUUUUGGGAGACAGCUCUCAUAGAGGUUUAGGUUUCCCUUCUGAACAUGAUAAAACCUCAAGUGGCAUUGGCACAUCAUCCGAACAGAUGCCCCAAUCAACUCCAGUUUUAGAUUCAUCGUCCUUUGAGAAGGAUGUUGGCUCUGAUGAGGGUAUCAAUUGUGAUUUAAGCAAUCAGAUGACAGACGACUUGCCAUCAAAGGUGUCUGCUGUGAGAAAUUCAGGGUUUCUAUCAAUUGGGGGUCUUAAGUUGUACACUCAGGACAUCUCAGAUGAUGAAAGUGAAGAUGAUGAUAAUGAAGGUUCAGCUCAUGAUGACAGCUCUGCAUAUUCUUCUGAACCAGAAGAGUUACUUGGAUCAUCUGAAAGCAGUGAUUCCGAAGAGACAUCUGACAGUGAUUCAGAUAUUGAUGAAGAGGUUGCAGAAGAUUAUUUGGAAGGUGUUGGUGGUAGUGAUAACAUCAUAGAUGCAAAAUGGUUGCUAAAACCUGAUUUGGACGAGUCAGAGGAUGAUAGUUCUUCUAGCAGCUGCUAUGAUGAAGCUUUGGGGAAGUUGAGUGGAAUUUCCCUUCAAGAAGCCUCAAGGGAAUAUGGCAUGAAGAAAUCUCAACCAUGGAAGAAACGUUCUGUAAAUUCUGGACCUUUAGAUCUGGAUGACAUAAUGCUGGAAAAAGAUCCAAGAACUGUCUAUGCUAGAAAGAAGCAUGUUUCUCAGUUACCUCAUUCUUGGCCUUUGCAUGCUCAAAAGAGUAAAAGCUCCAAAAAAAUGCAUGGUGAAAAAAAGAAGCUUCGUGAAGAAAGGAUUGCUGUCAAGCGUAGAGAGAGAAUGCAAAACCGUGGUGUUGAUCUCGAGAAAAUUAAUUCGAAAUUAGAACAACUUGUUUUGGAGGAAGUGGAUAUUUUCUCUUUUCAGCCUAUGCAUUCUCGGGAUUGUUCACAGGUACAACGAUUAGCAGGGAUUUACCAGUUGAAGAGUAGCAGCCAAAGUUUUGGGAAGAAGAGAUUUGUGACUGUGAUGCGAACUCAUUCUACAUCCAUGCCAUCUUCAAGUCGUAGACAGCGCCUGCAAAAGUUAUUGGGAGUUGAUGAUAAGGAUGCUGAUUUUUCUGUCACUGGUUAUAUGAAUAAGAAGUCUGUGAGUAGAGAAAGAAGACUGGGAAACAAAAAUGCUAAAAGGAAUGACUUUAGACUGCAAGAACUUCAACCUUCCCAGAACAAGACACCAAAGUCAGCCAGCAGAGGCAGCAGGAAGGACAAGAAAGGGAGUGGACAGAAAGGUUCAUAUGCAAAUCUGCCUGUAUCAUUUGUAUCAAGCGGCGUAAUCCAAUCUGAAACUGUAGAGGUUACUGCUGUUGAUAAGACUGAUGGUACUGAUAAGAAGGGUAUCGGUAUCACAAGCUCUGCUAAUGUAGGUUCAUUUGAGGUGCACACAACUGGUUUUGGUUCAAAAAUGAUGGCUAAAAUGGGAUAUGUGGAGGGAGAAGGAUUAGGGAAAAAUGGUCAAGGCAUGGCACAGCCCAUUGAGGUUAUACAAAGGCCUAAAUCACUUGGUUUGGGUGUGGAAUUCUCUAGUAACCCUGAUGAGCCAGCCACUGAGCCAGCUAGGAGGAGUAAGUCUUCAAGAAUUGGUACUUCUGAAAAGCAUACAAGAACUGCGCCACCUAGGAGCAUGUCUUCAGGAAUUGGUGCUUUUGAAAAGCAUACCAAAGGUUUUGGGUCCAAGAUGAUGGCUAAGAUGGGCUUUGUUGAUGGCUCUGGAUUAGGUAGAGACUCACAAGGGAUUACUACACCAUUGAGCGCUGUUAGGCGACCAAAGUCACGGGGACUAGGCUCCAAAGGUUAAUUUAGAUUUCAUUUGUUUUCCAUGUUCCUUCUAAUUGUAUAUUGGCUUAAGAUUAUGAUCCAGCUUGUAGUUUAGCUUCCCCCAGGCGCGUUUUUGUGUGUUUGUAUUUAUGUUCAAGUUGGUAAAAGCACAUUCACUCCAAUGGCACGAUACAUUGUUUGCUCAAAAACUCAUUCAAACUGCAUUGGAAUGUGCACGGACAAAAAUACAAACACACAUAGGACUAUCUAUGGAAUCACUAUGUUAAAAUGCUAUAUUUUCUUGCUUUAGUUUUUUUUUUUUCCUUUUAACAAUAAGAUAACUUAGUCCUACAGAGGACUUGUAAUUAUUUUUAUUUAAGGUACCUAUGUUUUAUUUGCCCAA